AUGGCUGAUGACACCACCAGAUGUUGGAAAGCCCUUGGGGAAUAUCCUGGACUCUUUCUUCAACCAUUUCAUGUGUCUCCCUUAUGUUUGACUGUUCCAGGACUCUGCUUUCUGCUAAGCCUUUCAGGAGUCGUGGCUCAGCAAACCAAAGGGACCUGUACCCAUUGCCCCCAAAAUGCUUUCUGUGUCAAUGCUACUCACUGUACCUGCAACAGUGGAUACAAUUCUGAAUCUGGGAAGAAAUACUUCAGAUUCCGCUUCGAGAGAUGUGAAGAUAUUGAUGAAUGUAAACCACCCAUUAAUAUAUAUUGUGGAGUGAAUGCUGAGUGUCAGAAUAUCGAAGGAGGUUUCUACUGUCACUGUAUUGCUGGAUAUAAACUUCUCUCUGGGAAACCACAAUUCAAGGAUUCCAAUGAGAACACCUGUAAAAAAAUCACCCCCAAGACAACCAACGGCACAAAAGAGGAAGUGGAAUCAAAAGUUCUAAACGCUGCCUUGGAUGCCCCAGACCAGGAAACCCAGAAAGUCCAAAAGAGCACUGUGGCUGUUGAAACUCGAGUUGCCACAGACAACUGCUCCAAGGAAGUCACCUUCAGCUUGAACGCCCAAGUGAACUCCAUGAAAAUCCAUUGCAAAGAUGUCAUCCAGGGAGACAUACAAGGUUCUAGUGCAGUUGCCUUUGUUUCAUACUCUUCCCUCAGAAAGAUCAUAAAUGCAACUUCUUUUGAAGAAAUGACUGAGAAAGUUUACCUGAACUCUCAUGUAGUAAGUGCUGCUAUUGGACCCAAAAAGAACACAUCUCUCUCCCAGCCUGUGAUUCUAAGUUUUCAGCACAUGAAGGUGAAUCCCAGGAACAACAAGAUCUUCUGCGUCUACUGGAAAAGCACAAAUGAGGGUGAACGCUGGUCCAAGGAUGGCUGUGCUCUGAUACAAGCGAACACGACUCACACGAUAUGCAGUUCCACUCACCUGUCCAGUUUCGCUGUUCUCAUGGCCUUCCAUGACCAGGAGGAGGAUCCCGCACUGACUGUGAUCACCUACGUGGGGCUGAGCUUCUCUCUGCUGUGCCUCCUCCUGGCGGCCCUCACCUUCCUGCUGUGCAAAGCCAUCCAGAACACCAGCACCUCGCUCCACCUGCAGCUCUCGCUCUGCCUCUUCCUGGCCCACCUGCUCUUCCUGACAGCCAUCGACAGAACUGAGAACAAGGUGCUGUGUGCCAUCAUCGCAGGUGCCUUACACUAUCUCUACCUGGCCUCCUUCACCUGGAUGCUGCUGGAGGGCCUGCACCUCUUCCUCACUGCACGCAACCUGACGGUGGUCAACUACUCCAGUAUCAACAAGUUCAUGAAGUGGCUUAUGUUCCCAGUGGGCUACGGAGUCCCGGCUGUGAUCGUGGCCAUUUCUGCAGCCUCCAGGCCUCAUCUUUAUGGAACACCUGAUCGAUGCUGGCUCCACCUGGACCAGAAUUUCAUCUGGGCUUUCCUUGGACCUGUGUGUGCCAUUUUCUGUGUGAAUUUUGUAUUUUUUCUCAUGGUUUUUUGGAUUUUGAAAAGAAAACUUUCCUCGCUCAACAGUGAAGUGUCAACCAUCCGGAACAUAAAGAUGCUGACAGUCAAAGCCACCGCUCAGUUCUUCAUCUUGGGAUGCACGUGGUGUCUGGGAAUCCUGCAGGUGGGACCGGCUGCCCGCGUUAUGGCCUACCUCUUCACCAUCAUCAACAGCCUGCAGGGUUUCUUCAUCUUCCUGGUGUACUGCCUCCUCAGCCAGCAGGUCCAAAAGUGGUUUGGCGAGAUCAUCAAAUCUAAAUCUGAGUCUGAGAUUUACACACUUUCCAGCAGGUUUGGUCCUGACUCAAAACCCAGUGAGGUCAAGUGAAAAGAAAAUACUAAAACUAGAACAUUCAGCUCUUCAUGUCAUGCAUGUGGAUCUGUUUGUUGGCAUCAUGAAGAAUGAAGGUGCAGACAAGGAGAAUCAUUAUACACAUCAUUCCUGGAGAGGAAAAGUUUAACCUUCACUUCCUGAAGUGUUUGUUCUGCAUAAUGGGAUCUGAAUAAAUGUGCAUUCAAUUGG